AUGUGUCCCAUGCUCGCCAACGACUUCUCCGAUGGCCCGGCCAUGGUCCUCUCCCCGUCCCAGGAUCAUGCCUUCCUGAAUUUCUCCCGUGCUUCCAAGCGGGACAUCGUUCCCCCCGCAAUGCUCUUCGGGGCCGCUCCUCCGCCCCCGUCCAAACCCUCCCGCAAGAGAUCCCGCGACGAGGCGGCCUUCGAAGAGGCCCUCCACCCAAACCCUCCGAUAAUCAUGCCCACCCCGGCGUCUCAGCGACAAGAACCACCUAUCUUUGGCUCCUCUUCCGGCGGAACGGUCAGCAACACCCCAUCCGUCGCGUCCUGGUCCUCGGACGCCAGCGCGGACCAUCUUCGAGGCCGCAAGGCGACGCGCUUGGGUCCCACGACCCCGGGUCUCCAGGACAGUACCCUCGCAUCCAUGCCGCAUCCUCUCGCAGACGAUCCCCACGCCGCCGCCCCCGAAGCCCGCAAUCGCUCUCCCCAAGAACCGACCGUCGACGACACCACGCACCUCCUGGGGAUCAGCUGGCAACGGAUCCAGGUGGAUGACUCCGACAUCGCCGCGGCCGUGCGCGGCUGGAAAAAAUACAUCGACCGACAAUUCGCGACCCACCUUGGGGAGUGCGAGAUCCUCAUGAAGAAUCGCGCCCUUAACGCGUACCUGGUCAGUGCGCGACCGGCCGCUCCGUUGGGUCUUGGCACCACUCCCGCUUUCUACCUCUUCAACGAUGACCUCACGCAGGCCCAGCUGGUGGGCUCCAGCUGGGAGGCAGCCGUGCGCCAUUUGAGCGCGAGCCCAAUCACUUUUGAAGGCACUCAAAUCCUCGGCGCGUCGGACCGACCUCUGGCAGACGCCCCGCACGACCAGAACCUCCUCGGCGCCAACCCGGCCGAGCCGCCUCUCCUCCAGACCAUGUGCGCCCAGCCGGCAUCCCUGGGGACGGGGAUGGACCUGGACGCUUAG